AUGUACGUUGGAGGAAGUAAACGACGAACCAACAAAUGGGCUUGGGCUAUGAAAAUGUUCGGUCAGUACGACGAAUCAGCCUUCGACACCCUUGACCACGAAAAACACCGAUUGAGACGAGAGCCCUGGGGACCAUACUUCUCCAAACAAUCCGUCAGCAGGCUGCAACCAACCCUAAUCCAAGACAAAGUCAACCUCUUCUGCUCACGCCUAGCCGAGCACAAAGCCGCCGGAAAACCCGUCACAAUGAUCUACGCGUACGCCUGCGUGACCACAGACAUCAUAUCCGACUACUGCUACCCAAGCGGAUACAACUACCUCUCCCAGCCCGACUUCGACACCGCCCACUACGACGCCUGGAUGGUCCUGACCCUGCUCUCCCACACCCUCAAACAAUUCGGCUGGCUCUUUCCCCUCCUGAACGCCAUGCCGCCCUGGCUCACGAAGCGCACAAGCCCAGAAGCCUACCUCGUCCAAAGCUUCAAAAGCGAACUGACCCAACAAGCCAAGGACGUCAUUGCCUUCUCCAACAGCGCGUCCAAGGACUCUGAAUCCAAACCUUCCCGCCCCUCCCUCCUCCAAGCCCUCUACGAAUCCCCCGCCCUGCCCCCCGCGGACAAAGCCCUCUCCCGCCUCGCCGCGGAAGCCCAAACUGCCAUCGCAGCCGGCACGCUCACGUCCUCGCACGUCUUGAAGGCAGCUACUUUCCACAUCCUCGCUAAUCCGCGUAUUCGCGACCGGCUGAUGGAGGAGCUGGAGCAAGCCAUUCCGGACAUCGAUACCCCGCAUCCCCCAAACCUGCGCGAGCUCGAGGCCAUCGAGUAUCUCGUCGCGAUCAUGUAUGAGAGCUUGCGGAUCGCGCAUGGGGUUAGUGGGCGCUUGCAGCGCAUCUUUCCGGAUUACGAUUUGCCGUACCGUCGAUCCGCGAAAACCGAUAGUAGUGAUGAUGGGGAUACUGUGGGGGUGGUCGUGAUACCACGCGGCACGCCCAUAUCAAUGACGCCCCUCCACGCGCACGAAGACCCCCGCGUCUUCGUGGACCCGUACACAUUCGACCCAGAGCGCUGGAUCCCCCUAUCAACGAACGGGCUCAGGCUGCAGAAAUACCUCAUGUGUUUUGGCGCCGGCAGUAGGAUUUGCGUCGGUAUGGAGUUGGGCAAGGCGGAGAUUCUCACGUGUUUGGCGAGCGUGUUUAGGAGGUUUGGAGGGAGGGGGGAGGGGGAUGAAGCUGGUGGGGGGGACGGAGAGGAGGAGGGAUGUCGAUAUUAG